AGACGGCUCAAGUUAGACUAAGCAAAGAGCAGCUGCUGCGUUUCAGCUGCUGGCUGUGAUGGAGCCGCGAGAUGUUCGGAGGUCGGCAGAGCGUCGACGCGUGAGUCUUGCAGGAGCAUUGGCACUUUGUGGAUGCGGAUUCGGAUUCUUCGGGGCCUUCGUCAUGCCUAGUCAGCCUGGUUUGCGCUCCCCGCUCCUUUCCGAGGAAGCGUCCGCUUCGCUUGUGACAAGGUAUGCGAGAGGACCCAAGGUGAAUUCUCGGAGGAGCGUUUCCCCCUACUACAGCAAUGAGGACCGGGAACGUCUGGCCCGGCUUCGUCAAGAGAAGCGCGAUUACGCUCGUGAGUUCUCCCAAAAUAGUACAUGGGUCCGACAACAAACCGAGAUGGGAAACAUCCCUACGGCAGACUUGAAGAAACUCCCGGCACUGGAGGACAUCUACAACAGGCAGUUUACUGGGGAUGCUGAUGUGGACCCCAUUGGCGGUCGCAAGAGGUAUCUCUACUAUGUGAUGUUCAAACAACCUGCCAUUCGCAAUUCUCUCGACCUGAAGAAGACAGUCGCAGAGUACUGGUACUUCUUGAAGAAGAAGAUGUCUUGCAGAGACAUCCAAAUCACUCCGAGGAAAAGUCCCAUUGACCGGCAGAAAAUCACCACACUGGAGUAUGAAAUGAAAGAGUAUGGCGAGAUCCCAAGAGAGCAGAAAGGCAAGAACAAGUAUCAAAGAGCCUACAUGGUGGAGUUCAAAUUCAAGGCUCCGGUUACGGCCACACAAUACAUCCAAAGAAAGCUCUACAGUGACAACAAUGUGCUGAGGUUCAUGGCGUUGUCACUGACACGAAGCUUUAGUCACGCCGGAGAGGACAACGAGCUGCUCCUUUGAAAGCGAACAUUUUUUUUCAACGCUCUGAGAGUCUGGAUUCGACACGAGACUAAGACAGCGACAUGACAUACCCUAUCCCAUCCCUAUCCCUCUAUUUA